CUCAUCCUUGACCGGAGUCGAAAUUGGCUUUCUGCUGCAUAUUGCAGACAAACACCGGGCUAAUGAAAUAAUUAUUGCACCAGCGAACAUGAACUUUGAGAUGUGAGGACUCCUUCAUGUCAUCCUCGGUGGGGCUCAGCAUGGCGCAGGAGGAGGACAAACGCAGCCUGGAGGCGAAAUUUGUUGCUGCAGUUAAAGUGAUCCAGAGUUUGCCUGAAGAAGGUCCUUUCCAGCCAUCUGAUGACAUGAUGCUGAUGUUCUACAGUUACUUCAAGCAGGCAACUCAGGGGCCCUGCAACAUCCCCAGACCAAACGGCUUCUGGGACACUCGUGGGAAGGCUAAAUGGGAUGCAUGGAGCUCUUUAGGAAACAUGACAAAGGAGGAAGCCAUGAAGAAUUAUAUUGAGGACAUCCAGCUGAUUUUGGAGACUAUUCCCAUCUCAGAUGAAGUGUCCGACCUGGUACAGGAGCUUGGCAACUUCUACACAGAGGUAGACGGAAGAGGAGAAGACUCUGAAGACAAUGAGGUGGACAGGAGACCAUUCACCAGACCCUUUGCAGGUCAUUCAGAUGAGCUGCUCAAACAGCUUCAUCAACCAACAAUGGAAGGCUAUGGGGAUCUGUGGGAUGAUAUACAGAACCUCCAAGAAAAUGACAGCAGUGCUCAUGGCGUAAGUGUCAGUAGCAAGGAGGCAGAGGGAAGCAGAGAAAAUAGUGAAGUGGAGAUAAAUGAGGAAAGUAGUGAUUGGAGGAAAAGUGAGGAAGAGGAGAAUGGGGAUGAAGAAGACAAUACAGACGAUGAAGACAUGGAGGAAGAGGAGGACAAAGACUGGAGGCCUGACCCAAGGCUGCUGAUGGUGGAGAAGAGGUGGAGGUCUGACACCAGGGGGUCCAGCAGCAGCAUGGAGCCCAGCAUGUCCUCCUUCACCAACGGGACACACAGCUCCCUCAACAGCGAGGUGGAGGAGGAGGAGCUGGCCUGCUCCGUAGAGCCCAGUGUGCAGUGUAACUCCUAUAUGCACUUUAAUGGACACCUGAGUGGUCAUAGUGAUGUUCCCGAGAAGAACCAUCGAUCCACAGACUCAGACAAUGAGGAAUUCUGUGACUCCAUGGAGCAUCUGGCUAUGGAAGAGGGACUGUCUACAUCAAAAAUACUGUCCCCUGGGUCAGGAGCAGCCUCAGUGAGGCAAAGGGAUCUUUGGUUUGAGAGCAACACUACCCUGAAUGGAGGAGAGGAUCAAGUACUCAUAGGAGAUUCCUACCUUAAAGAAGGGAUUAGUGCAAGCCAGCACAACAGCUCCUUGUCAAGACGAGGGAGGGGUUCACUGUCGCCAAGGGCUACCUGCAGCUCUCAGCGGUGUGUCAGCGUAGAUGCUGCCUGCUGUUGUGUGUCACAGAAUCGACAUCCUGGCAGCGUUGCCAGGGGAAACGUCAAUGAGCAAAUAGCUACAGCUCUGCUGAGGCUGCAGCAUGACAUGGCCACGGUUUUGCACAGGCUGCACGCUCUGGAGGCACUAACGGUGUCACAGUCAAGAGCAUCUUCACCAAAGCAGGAGGACUCCCUACCUGUAGCACAAAAGUUUCUGAGACCGUCUUGGUGGCCUUUUGACUUCUCUCCACUCACAGCGGUGUUGACUGCACUCUGGCCUCUGAUUGCUCAUUGGCUCGUCCAGCUUUACUUACAGCGGAGGAGAAGGAAAUUCCCCUGAACUGUCAGAUGUCAGCAUCAAUCAAAGAACACAAACCUGGAAGGAAAUUGUUGCACUUUUGUUGCUUUGUGGCUUUUUCAAGCCGCCACCACAGACGGAGAAUAAUGAGGCACCAGUAGAAAUGGAAAGGAGACCUUAGAUAAACGGACUGGAGUGCAAUGGCUGACUCUACAAUAUAGUGUAGCAUUUUAACUUCACAGAUACUUUAUAGGUGUUUUAAUGAAGGGAAGAUUUGUGCAUUAUAAAUGCUGGCACAUUUUCUUUGUUACAGUGAGUUUAGCAUUAGGCGGUGAUCUUAUUUAUGACAUGUCUCAGAUCACCAGGAACUUAAUAUACACAUAACUCUAAUUCAUCAUCAUACAGUGGCUGUGGAUCAUAAAGCAAUGCCCCAUUGUCAUUGCUAGUUAUUUUAUUUAUUGUACAUUUCAUUGUUUGUUUAGCUUUCUCUUAAUGUUUUUGUUGAAGUUUUUUUUUCAGAUAACUAAGAACUUUUAUAUUUAUUGUUGGAAAUAUAGAAAUAUUUUAGCUGCAUUUCUCUUUAGACCAAAUAGACAUGGUGACCAAUAUUGUUAUUUAUGUGUAAACGUAUAUAUUUAUUUUAUGGCUUCAGUGCAAUUAAGUGAAAGGUUGCACAUUUACAGAAGGUGAGAUACAGAGGAUGAGGACAAUCCAUAUAUUCAUUCUUGUUAGCUGUACAGUGAAAAAGAAGAAUUCUCUGUUAAAGCAAGGGUGUGGU